ACACCUCACCUAACCAUCACACCAUAUAUAGGCCUCCAUAUGUCCACAUAAAAUUAUUUGAUUUCAACAUAUAAAUCCAUUUAACGCCUCUCAUUGGCUCCUUUUCAAGCUUAAGUAACACUGGACUGCCUUUAUUAAGGUAUAAAGGGUGUAUUUAUUUUGUCAUAUACCGUUGAAUUAUUUGUUAUUUUCAUGGCUCCAGUAUUUUUAGAACUCUUCUGGCAAUAAAGAUUGGAUUUUUCUUUUCUGGGCACGAGCUUCUUCUUGUUAAAAGGUAGAAUCUUUGCCCUUUCUUGCAUGUUGUGUAAUGAUUUGACGAUUUCAUUUUUGCCCUCAUCGAAAUUUGCCCCUUUGCACGAUUCUUGAAAUCUUGUUCUUGCGGCUGAAAUUUGUGGACUGAGGUAAAAUUUGGGUGUUUCGAUUUGAAAUGUGUUGGAAGCGAAGUUCUUUGUGUUCUGUUUUUCUAUUUUGUGUUGUUUUAGGUAAAAUGUACUCCUAUUUUGGAUUUUCUGUAUGGUAGCUGACUUUUUUUUGUAGAUUAUGUGAUAAUUGAAGUGAGUUUGAGCUUGUUGGUUGUUGUUAUAGAACACUUUUGGGAGAAGAGAACCUUCCCUUCUCGUUAAUUAUUGGAUUAUGAAUAGUUAAAAGAUUAACAUGUUGAGUUCUUUGCUAGAAACCCUACCUAGUCUUGUUAUCUUUGGUGAUAUAGGAAAACACAAUUGGAAGUGUUAAAUUUGUGUUGUUGGUAGAAGAAUGAUUGAUCAUCAGUCCACAUCCCUCAAAAACACUUAGCCAUUAUCGAUCAAAUAAACGCUUACCGCGUCUUGCUUUGUGCAUGCGCCGCCUGCCUUUUCUAGUCAUGCUAGUUAUGCACUUGUAAGUUUUAAGUGAUGUGGAUUUCUUGUUUCCUAUUUGGAGUUGUAAGUUUACAGUCUGCCUUCAUCUUAAAGAAGCUUGAAUGCGGGUUCGUUGUUGUUUCUAUGAUUUUGGUGACAGUGCAAAGGAGCUUCUCUUGAGUUCUUUUUGUUAAUUAUUUGCUGAAAGCAUAAGCCAUGUUUGGCAGAUGUAUUUUUUUGCUCUCUCGAGAACUAUGAUUUGUUGAUGGAUUUGUGUUGGUUCUUGACCUGGAGAUAUACAUAUGUUAUGCUUAGGAUGAAGCUAUUCCGGUAUGUUCUUGUUGAUUAUGCUUUAUGAUUUAUAAUCUCUCUCUAUGUUAUGUGCUCAGAUACGGAGAGUUCUGUUUGUGAGCCGAUCUCUAUUGAUACUUUCAUUCUUGUUUUCUUCAUAUGAUCACAGGCAUCAGAGAAAUUUGCAGGCAUUAAUAGAGAAACUCACUAUGACUUGAUGUUCCAGUCGUGAAGAUGCAUAUCACGAAGCAAUAUCGCUGCGUGCACUCUGCAGCCUGUGUUUGUACCAAAGGGCACCUUAGUGAAGAAGUGAUCUUCUUAGUUUUCAACCAUUUGAAUUGGAACCCUAAGUUGAUAGUGGCCCUUUCUUGCACGUGCAAAUGGCUAGACGAUCUCGCCAAGCGAGUCCUGUGGAAGGAGUUUUGCAAGACACGGGCUCCUAAGAUGAUGCGCGAUCUCCACUCCAGCGGAAGCCAUAUCGUGGAUGGGAGCUGGAGGGCCCUCGGCAAACUUCUCAUAUACUGCUCCGGAUGCAAGAAAGACGGGCUGUUCAACCGCGUCCACGUCCCUGGCCAUUUCGUGUACAGGACACGUUUCUCUAGGACCUCGGGGAAGAGCUUUCUCCUAUCACAAUGCAGGACAGACGUCUUGUACAUCUCCGACCCCUGCGAGCAUCUCGACCAAGGGGAGGAAGGGGAUAUAGGGUUUUUCCGUGGGAUCUUCAAAUCCUUUGCGACGUCUAAAGUCAGGAAACUGCUGAUCAGCCGAGGUGCCCCGCUGCAUCCAAAGGAGGUGUGUCCCUACUGCAAGGCGAAGCUGUGGAACAUGCAGGAGACCAACAUGGUACCCUCGAGCGCCAGCUGCAGGCUGGGCGCGUACGAUGACUGCAUUGAGUAUUAUGUGUGUCUCAACGGACACGUGCUCGGGAUAUGCACCUUGUUGCCUUUAUCUGAUACAGAUGAAGCAUCUGAGUGAUGCAGAUUUUUACUCUUAAGUCAGUGAUGCACCUUCACUGUGAAAAUCGAGGCGGUGGGUUGAGACGGAGGCGAGCCGAGGGAUGGAUGAUGGGGAUGUUGAGUGGAGCUUGGUGUGUGCAAUCUGCUGCUGUUUUUGGGGUAGCAGAACGUUGGUGUCUGUAAAUAUGGUCUGUUAUUUGUACAUUUUUGUGCUGUCAUUUGUGACCUUACUCUAUACAUUUACUGUCUGACUGAGAAGCUGUCUAAUUUCACUCUUCAAAUAUGAUUGCAUACUACUAAAUAAAACUUGUGGAUAAAA